CAGGUGGCGCGCCGACGAUGAUGGCGCGAUUAUCGCGCGGCACAAUUGCUCUUGCAUUGUUCUCCACAGUUCUUUCCGGCUUUAAAAUCGCGGUUUGUGAUUUCUUGUCUCUCGCGAUCGUAGUCUAAGAACGAUCUGAUCUGCGAGCGAGAGAGUUCGUCAGUUUCGCACCUGCAUCUCCAACAUGCCGAAGAAUAAAUACAGAAAUGCAUUCUUUUUCUUCAUGCUCGAUUGGAAAAAACGUGCGGAAGCGAGGGGUAAAACUUUUCCGAACGGGAUGAAGGACGUCCAGGCGGAUCAGGAUUGUAACAAGGAAUGGCAGAAUCUAACGAAGCAACAAAAAGGUCUGUACGAAGCUAUGGCAAAAAAAGACAAAGUACUAGCACAAGGAGCGCCAGACAAGAAGACAACACUUGGGGAAUCGAUAAAAAUGCUCGAAGAGAAAGAGAAGGAGGGAGAGAGAUCUAUGAAAGAAAUGGAAGAAAACAUAAAAAUUACGAUAGACAUGGCCGUGAAUCUCAAUAUUUUGCCGAAGAUAAAAUUUUGCUUCAUGCACGUCAACUGGUUCUUCGCGACUAUCGUCGACAAUCGCGUCGAGUAUUUUCCGGCCGAGUACGCGCUCGGAGUCUUCUCGCUCGAGAACGGCAUUGAAGACGUGCAUCAAGUAAUUGUCAGCUCAAAGAUCCCACUAGGAUAUCGACGGGAAGCGUUGGAGACGAGUCAGAGUGGUCACCAGAUACCGGUGGAACACGAGGGUGGGGAAACUGACUUCACUGUCAUGUACGCGAAGCUGAUCAAUUUUCUGGAACCUAGGAAAUUGGUGAACAAGUUUCCGCCCAUUUAUACACUACAAUCUGAUAUAGGGCCGGUGCAGUCUCUGUUAGCGAAACUAUGCGACGCAGCGGAGCAAGACGUAGAGCAAUUUAAAAUUUACGAGUUAGAGACCUUGUUUAUACAUGUAGCGAAGGAGGCUUACAAAGCGCGAAACGAUCGACAAAUAAAGUACAUUCCUGCUUACGCUUAUCAUGUGUUUACGCGCUAUACAUACAUCUUUGAAACGGGCUUCGAGUGUCCAUUUCAUAAGUACGUCGAGAGAGGAUCCGAGUAUUGCAGUAAAUCCAAGUUGCACCAAUGGGCGUGGACAAUGUGCGACGAGUUUUGCCUACCGCUUGGAGUGAAGAUGCAAGAAGGAGUGCAUUGUCCGGUGAAACGCGAUGUUGCCGGUUUGACAAAUGCACUGAUCAACUUGAACGUCGAGGAUAAUUAUCAACCUGCACCUGAGAGUUCAACGAUAUUAUCCAUGACGGGCGUAAGCGAGCAGCAUAAGUGGAAAGCAUCCAGCAGGACUUAUCAGGAUGAAAUCCGCCGGCGGCAUCAAUCGACGCCGAUUGCGGUAAUUGAUUACAGCGCAAUGGGCGACACCACCGAUGUACCUGCGAAUGAAUCGGAUAAUGAGAGUCUGGAUAAAUCUGGCAAUAUAUCAUUUGAUGAGCGGAGGAGAAGAAGGAAUCUAAUGCAUUACUUGAACGAGAGGCGAGUGCAAUCUUCGGCCGAUUCAUAUGCUGAUGCUUGUGCUUCCGCAACCGUGGAAGAUCUUAUACCAAACGAUUGUGAAAACUUUCCUCCUAUCGGUGGAAGAGGCGUAUCAUGUAGAGCUAAUCGUGUGACGAAAAAGGCACCGUUAGGCAGAGGAAGGGGAUACGUGUAAGUCUAUCACGGCAAACUACGUUUAAUCGAUACUCAUUUUGUCAUUGAUAAGCUGAUCUACAAAGCAUAUUUACUUGUUUGCUCUAAUUUUGUGCAGAAUAUACCUAUAUAACGUGCAUUAUAUCAUCGAAAUUUAUUUCAUACUCGUAAUAUGAUGAUUUUGUCUACGUUCUAAUUUUUUUGACGCAUUAUAAUUUUGCUAACGAGAACGGAGGGGUUUCUAUAAAAUAUUUCUAUUUGUACUAUCCACAU